AUACGAAGGUUAGGAAUAAUGGUGCCGAGAGCAAUCAGGCAACACACACCAACCCUGCUAAACUCCCGGGCCUCCCAGCUCAUAAAUAGAGUAUCGCUGCGAGGCCGAGCAGUGGGCGACCCUGUGAGCUUAGCUAGCAAGCAAUCAAGCACUGCCACCUGCAACCUCGCGGAGAAAGUUAAGGCGGCGAGAGACAGAGAGAUCCAUGGCGGCCGGCGGCGACACCAUGGCCCAGGUCCACGAAGGCCUCGACAGCAGCAACAAGACGCUUCUCAAGAGCGAGGCCCUGUACAAGUACGUGCUGGACACGUCGGUGCUGCCGCACGAGCCGGAGUGCAUGCGGGAGCUGCGGCUGGUGACGGACAAGCACCGGUGGGGGUUCAUGCAGUCGUCGCCCGACGAGGCGCAGCUGCUCCGGAUGCUCAUCAAGCUGACGGGCGCGCGGAACACGCUGGAGGUGGGCGUGUUCACGGGCUACUCCCUCCUGGCCACCGCCCUCGCCCUCCCCGACGACGGCAAGGUCAUCGCCAUCGACGUCGACCGCGAGUACUACGAGAUCGGCCGCCCCUUCAUCGAGAAGGCCGGCGUCGCGCACAAGGUGGACUUCCGCGAGGGCCCCGCGCUGGACCACCUCGACAAGCUCCUCGCCGACGAGGCCAACGUGGGGGCGUUCGACUUCGCGUUCGUCGACGCCGACAAGCCCAACUACGUCAAGUACCACGAGCAGCUGCUGCGCCUGGUGAAGGUCGGCGGCACCAUCGUGUAUGACAACACGCUGUGGGCGGGCACCGUGGCGAUGCCGCCCGACACCCCCAUGUCCGACCUCGACCGCAGGUUCUCCGCCGCCAUCAGGGACCUCAACGUCCGCCUCUCCGCCGACGAACGCAUCGAGGUCUGCCAGCUCGCCAUCGCCGACGGCGUCACCAUCUGCCGCCGCCUCGUCUGAGAGAUCGUCGAGGUCUUGUGCUGCUGCUGAUCCGCGUUUCCAUUCCGUCUGGUCGUCUCGGUGCUUUCAAUAAGAUUUUUCCCUUUCGCUUCGUUUCUGGUUUUUUUCGCAAGCUGAGAGCGUCGGAUCGUGUGUAGCUAUACUUUGUGUGUCCCGAAUUGGAGCAACCGCAUACAGCGCAUUGAAUUCUCAUUCC